AUGGCGCGUGUCUAUGCUGAUGUCAAUGAGCAUAUGCCUCGGUCCUACUGGGACUACGACAGUGUCAACAUCUCGUGGGGUGUCCUGGAAAAUUAUGAAAUCGUUCGCAAGAUAGGUCGGGGAAAGUACUCUGAGGUCUUCGAAGGCAUCAACGUCGUCAACUACCAGAAGUGUGUUAUCAAGGUUCUCAAGCCCGUGAAGAAGAAGAAGAUCAAGCGUGAGAUCAAGAUUCUUCAGAAUCUUGCCGGUGGGCCCAACGUUGUUGCUUUGCUGGAUGUUGUUCGCGAUAACCAGAGCAAGACUCCCAGCCUGGUCUUCGAAGCUAUCAACAAUACCGACUUCCGCACCCUAUAUCCCCGCUUUUCCGACUAUGACGUCCGCUUCUAUGUUUACGAGUUGCUGAAGGCGCUCGAUUUCUGCCACAGCAAGGGCAUCAUGCACCGUGAUGUUAAGCCCCACAAUGUCAUGAUUGAUCAUGAGAAGCGCAAGCUUCGCCUGAUUGACUGGGGUCUGGCUGAAUUCUACCACAAGGGCACGGAAUACAACGUCCGUGUUGCUUCUCGGUACUUCAAGGGUCCCGAGUUGCUGGUGGACUUCCAGGAAUACGACUAUUCUCUGGAUAUGUGGUCUCUGGGUGCUAUGUUCGCAUCCAUGAUUUUCCGCAAGGAGCCUUUCUUCCACGGAAACAGCAACUCCGACCAAUUGGUCAAGAUUGCCAAGGUUCUUGGAACCGAGGAGCUCUUUGAGUACUUGGACAAGUACGACAUCGAGCUGGACCCGCAAUAUGAUGACAUUCUCUCUCGCUUCCCUCGCAAGCCGUGGCAUUCAUUUGUCAACGCUGAGAACCAGCGUUUUGUCAGCGAUGAGGCCAUUGACUUCCUUGACAAGCUUCUGCGAUACGACCAUGCUGAACGCUUGACUGCUCAGGAGGCCAUGGGACACGCAUACUUCGACCCCGUCCGUGCCGACGCACAGGCUCUCAGCCACAACAACGUUACCCAGUCCUGA